CUUCUCCAAAUCUCGCCCAUCCUUUCUUGACGGCUCCUUCCACCCAGGUCUUUCUUUCCAACCCCGCCAGCUAUACAUAUAUCCCCCCGCUCUUUCGCCCUCUCAGCACAAAACAGCGCACCAUGCUCGCCCAAGCAGCCCUCGCGCUCCUCCCCCUCCUCUCCCUCCCCGCCCUCGCCAUCGACGCUGACGCUAUGCGUUCGCGCUCCGUCUACCAAGUCGUCACAGACCGUUUUGCCCGUGCUACUGGCUCCACCGGCGCCUGUGUCGAAGCCGACCGCAAGUACUGCGGCGGUACAUGGUCUGCCAUCACCGACCAUCUCGACUACAUCCAGGGUAUGGGUUUCGACACCGUCUGGAUUUCCCCCGUCGUCGAUAACAUUGGCGAUGACACGAGCGAGGGCGAGGCGUACCACGGUUACUGGACGCUCAACCCCAACUCUCUCAACUCCAACUUUGGUACCGCCGACGACCUCAAGGCGCUGAGUACGGCCCUCCAUGACAAGGGCAUGUACCUCCAGGUCGAUGUCGUUAUUAACCACGUGGCUGCUACUUCCAGUUCUACCUUCACCCCCAGCGACUCUUACGGUCCUUUCAGCACCAACUCUACCAUCCACCCCUUCUGCUGGAUUGAAGACUACAACAACCAGACCAACGUCGAGCAAUGCUGGCUCGGUGACGACACGGUCGCCCUUGUCGACUUGAACACUGAGGACGACUCGGUGACUUCUUACUGGAACACUUGGAUUAAAGACCUCGUCUCCAACUAUACAAUCGACGCUAUCCGAAUUGACACUGUCAAGCACGUCCGUGUCGACUUCUGGCCCGACUUUGUCAGCGCCGCUGGGGUCUUUAACCAGGGUGAAGUUCUUCUCGGUACCGCCGACUACGUGGCCAACUACCAGAACAACGGCGAUAUCAACCCGUUCAACUAUCCCAUCUACUACCCUCUCAUCUCUGCUUUCAACGGUACAAACCAAGACUUUACCUCGCUUGUCGACAUGGUUGCCACUGUCAAGAGCAACUUUAGCGACCCCACCUUGCUUGGUUCUUUCCUCGACAACCAUGACAACCCCAGGUUCGAAAGCUACCAGAGCGACACUUCGUUGAUCAAGAACGCCCAUGCUUACCCUCUCGUCACUGACGGUAUUCCUUACGUCUACUACGGUUCCGAGGCUGGAUAUGACGGUGGUGCCGAUCCUCUCAACCGAGAGCCUCUCUGGACCAGCAACUACGACACCACCACCAGCAUGUACGGCUUCUUUACUGCUUUGAACGCGGCCCGUACCGCUGCGGCCAACGCCUCCAGCACGUUCUACACCGACCAGAUGACCGUGUCCAAGCUCUCCGACACUUCCAUUCUCAUCGCCAAGAAGCCCCUCAUCUCUGUCCUCUCCAACUCUGGCUCUUCCGCCUCCAACGCCACCGUCACUGUCGACACCUCUUCCUCUGGCUGGGCUGCCUCUACCUCUAUCGUCGACACUCUCACUUGCGAGGCAUUUACCACCGACGCCAGCGGUAACCUUGAUGUCGUCAUCUACCAGGGCUUGCCCCGAGUCAUGAUUGAGAGCAGCAGCAAGGGCUCUCUGUGCGGCAGCAACUCUGUGGACAGCAGCUCGAGCAGCGACUCUGCUGCUGGUCUCACCGCGGCUGCUGGCGGCUGGGCCGUCGCUGCCGGUGUCGCUGUGGCCGGCUUGCAGGUCCUUCUGUGAGGAUAGAGCAGAGACUGUUUAUAGAUGCGUUGAGACGAUAAGAAGUAUAUUCAUCAUUCCCCCUUCCCCUCCUAGUAUAACGAAUUGCAGCGUGUACGUACAAGACGACGUGACGGUUUGUUUAGCUUUCAGACAUCUGGUUUUAUAUCUACGAUUUCCUCAUAUUCUAUAUCGAGGGAUACCCCUUUCGUUUUAUGGACACUAUGUAGCUACAUGGCCACGACAAUUGGCAUACUUGCUGGAGGGUUGUGAGACUAUCCAUCACAGACGGUACUGGAGUGCAUUGUACUCUGCCAAGGAUUCCAGUGUCAAGUACGUAUGCCAUUGAAGAUAACCACCACA